AUGUGCUUCUGGAAAAUUGGCUCAACGGUUCCAAGUUAUUCAUGUCCUCUUUGUAUCAUAAACUCUUUAGUUUCCCCGCCAAAAAAGAAACCGCUUCCACUUCUGAGACUUCCAGCAAUUCCAUUGAGACUUAUAACAAAAAUGAUGAAUCCAGAGGAAAUACUAAACCUAUCAAUGUGCUCAUAUCGAUUGGAACUCUUCCUGAGAGCAUCCAGACAUAAAAUGAACUUUUUCUGUGUUCAUAUCAAUGAUCGACACAUGACAUUUUUAUCGAAAGUUCCAGACUCUUUGAAAUUGAGUUUUAAGAUAGGAGUAGGGAAUAAAGAAGUGAAUUUGGUAAACAAGAUGGGAAUGUUGUGUGAGAGUUUACAAGAAAAGAACGGUUCAAUUCAAUUCAAUCAGGAAUUUCCACCAGACGAAAUGCUCGAAAUCUACAGACGAAUCAUUUCACUGUACUCUCCUUCUCUUAUCAAAUGGAUAUUUUAUUUUAAAACCCCGUCGAUGGAUAGUGUUUGCCGCUACUUGGUUGAAAAUCUAACAGCUGUUAACAACUAUGAUAAGACAAUUAUUCAUACGUUUGUUUUUCAUAAUGGCAGCUUGACUAGGGAGUUUUUGACGGAAGUGAUGGAUUUGAUACCAGUGACGGCAAAUUUGGCAGUGACAGCGGGCAUACCGACGGAUUUCAAACAUUCCAAAGCAUUUAAAUACAAAAAAAUUCAAUAUAAUGAAGGACGAUGGGCAACUCUGGAUGACUUAAAAUCAGUGAAGAAUGAAUGUUUUGUCAAUCUCAAAUCUUCAAAUUUUGAUUGCAAAGACCUGAAUGAAUUCCUGAAACAUUGGGUUGACUGUGAUGAGGCAAUACUGACAAGAUUGACAAUGAAACUGAAGGAAGGUACAGUAAUUGAUGAGACUGUGCUCACUGACCAGCUCACUAUUCUACUGUAUUAUGUAAACGGUUUGCCGCAUUUCUUUUUAAAAAUGAAGAAAAUUUCAAACGAAAAACUAGUGGUCGGUCAUCUUGAUUUUGAGAAAGAUAAAACUGUCGAGUUCAAUGUGUGGCCAACAGAUAAGUGGAGUGGAAUAUUUGAAAUGCUUGAAUUACUGGAAAAAGUGAAGGAGUUGGAGAAGGAAUUGUUGAGAAUAGACGAAGGAGAUGAGCCAAAUAGUAAUGAAGAAAUUGAAAAGAGAAACAGAAGAAGACGAGAGUUAGAGGAGGAGCUGAGACAAGUGAGAAGGCAGAUUGAUGAGAUCAAUGAAUAUGGUCUUAUACUUCAAUAUCCAGUUUAA